CUUUCAACGCGCAAGGUGCAAUGGCGGAAGAGAUCAAGAAUCCCAAUGAACACUUGGACAUACCCAAGUGGGUAACUGAGGAGUACUUCGUGCAGGUCCUACAAAAAGAUGAACCUGAGUAUGCGAAAAUCCUCAGCUUCAAGCCGGUGGCAGCGAUACCACCGGGGGAGAAUUUCACCUCAAUUAUGCUGCGUAUUCAUUUGACUCUGCAGUUGAAGGAUGGCAGCACCAAGCCCAAGACAUACAUCUUCAAAACUAUGCUGGCAGAGGAUCGUGGUGGCAAGGAGAUCCGCGAAUGUGGCAUCUUCGACAAGGAGUUUCAGAUGUAUCAGAAAUUUUUGCCUGCCUUCGAGGCUCUCUAUAAGGCAGCCGGUGAGGAUAUUUCGCUAGCACCCAAGUGCCUGUAUGCCGAGCAGCGGGGGGAGAACAUUAACUUUGUGUUUGAGGAUCUGGCCGUGAAGAAGUUCAAGAAUGUCGAUCGUAUUCGUGGCCUGGACCUUCCACACAUGCAGCGGGCGCUGCAUAAAUUAGCAGAGUUCCAUGCGGCAGCAUCAGUUUAUGUGGAGCAGGAGGGUCCUCUUCCCGCGGAGUUCAAUGAAGGAUUCAUUGCCGAAAGGAACCUGCCUCAACAAGAGCAGGGAUGGGCAGUGAAAUCGGAAGCCUUUCUAAAGGCCAUAGCUACCUGGAGACUGGAGGAUCAGGAGCAGUAUGCAAAGAGUUUUCCGUCUGCUAAACAGUAUGGAAAAGUCUGCGCCAGUAAUUUGACGGUGGAUCCUUUGGACUUUAAUACCCUUACACAUGGCGACUUCUGGUCCAGCAAUCUGAUGAGCAACUAUCUCGAAAAUAACCAGAUCGAUGAGCUUAUUAUGGUGGACUUUCAGCUCUGCAAAUGGGGCAGUCCUGCACAAGACUUGCUGUUCUUCAUCACUCUCUCAGCGGCCAACGAUAUCAAGCUGAAGAAGUUCGACUACUUCAUUAAGAUCUACUGGGAGCGUCUCGUGGAGUGCUUAAAGUUACUCAAAUUCCAGAAGCCAUUGCCCACAUUGCGUGAUCUUCAAACUUCUUUGUACAAAAAGCACAAUACCUUCUACGCUGUCAUGGCAGUGUUCAAUCAUUUGCCCAUCAUCAAAUUCCCCACGGACAAGGAUUCCAAUUUGCAUAAUGUGAUGCGCGAGGAUGAAGAGGGACACAAGUUCCGUCUACGCCUGUUUACAAAUCCUUCAUAUGUGCAGGCCAUGAAGGAUCUGUAUCCAUUUUUCUACAACCGUGGCAUUUUUAACUUUAAUGAUUUUUAGCUAAAAAACGAGUAGGGACGUGUGAGACGCUUCU